UUCACUCUUGCCAAAAUCAGUCCAAAAUAAGCCCAAUAAGUUUCGAUGGGUUUAUUUUGGACCAAAGCUUGUCGCCCGCCUUCCCGCCUUUGGGACAACGACUCCCAUUGUUAGGGCGGAGACAUGAGCAUCUCGCCAUUAUAUAUUUUUCUAAGUAAACGGGGAACGACCCUGAGAUUCAACUUUCAUAGGAUGACAGCUGAUUCCAAGACUAUGACACAAGUGUUGGCAAGCGACUUUUUUUGUAAAGUGUCUAACCAAUGAGCUUUGGAAGUGAUUUGUAGACAGUGAACGUGUCUGUUUUGUAAAGAACAUUUUAUCUUAGUUGCAGUAGGCGGUGGAUGUGGCCGCAGCAUUUAUUGCCUGAGUAUCAACGAAAGACAGCAACACGGACCGAAAGUUAGAUAACUUGCCAGACUGAAAUAUAAAAGACUUGAUUUGACCACUUCGGUAACUUCAUCACGGAUGCUACAGGGCAUUUAAUCUGAUUCCAGAGGCCGACCCAAAUCAACGCCUUCUGGAGGAGAGGGUGCCAGAACGGUCUUCUAGUGAGGCUUCGGGUGCGCGCACACCACCCACUGCUUAGAAGGCCAGCAUCCCGGAGUCUCCUCUUCCCUUUUGACGUUGAGACUGGUGUUUUGCAGGCGAUGAGUGAUGGAGCCGGGUUCGGUGGUCCGUGCCGUGUUUGAGUUCCUGCCCAGCGUCUCUGAGGAGCUGCCCCUCUUCACUGGCGACGUCAUCGAGGUGCUCAAUGUGGUGGAUGAGUUCUGGUUGCUCGGAAACAAGGAUGGAGUCACAGGCCAGUUUCCCAGCACUUUUGUGGAAUCAGUCACCAUCCCCAGCACCAAACCAGAGGAUAAACUGUAUGUGUGUAUCAAUGACUUCAGUACUGCAAAGCCAGGGAGCCUACCCCUGCAGAGAGGUGACGUGGUGGCAGCCGAGAGCAGCGUGGACCCAGGGACGACCUGGCAGAGGGGGCGUAAUGCCUGGGGCGCUCGUGGCCUCUUCCCUGUGUCCUGCGUGAAAGAGCUCCACCUGUCGGGUCACUCCAGGCAGCUGUCGGAGCGCAGCGCCCAGGCCCAGGCUUCCGAGCUACCCCCAUAUGCCUUCGGCCAGGCCAGGGCACUCAUGGGCCUCCAUGCACAGCUCCAUGAGGAGUUAGACUUCUGCAAGGGGGACCUUAUCACCAUCAUCGGCCUACCCGAGCCUGGCUGGUUCCAGGGAGAGCUGGUCGGACGCAGGGGGGUGUUUCCUGAGGGAUUUGUGGAGCUUCUGGGGCCCCUGAGGACCCCACAUGAUACAGAGGUUGACCCCAUGAACUACAAGACUGAACCUUUGACCUAUGAGCCCUACAGUAGUGGGAAAGGGAUUGAGGAGGUGUUCUCCAGGGAGGAUGAAGAAGAGGAGGAGGAUGGGGUGUAUGGGGUAGCACUGCACGACUUUCGGGCCAUGGAGCCAGGAGAGUUGGAAUUUGACGUGGGGGACCGUAUCCGGGUGGUGAACACCCUGGAGGACGGUUGGCUGUCGGGCGAGCUGAGAGGGCAAUGUGGGGUCUUUCCUCAUCGCUUUGUCAAGAUUGAGGAUUAUGGGCAAAACAUGAGGGAAGACAUGGAAGCUGUAAAAAUGGAAGAGCUAGAGGAGUAUAACAGCUACACCUUGGACUGCAGCUCCGGUCAACAGGACCAUAGCCAGACAAAUUACGGUUCUGAGUGGAGACCUCAAGAGGACCACACUGUGUGGGACCUGGAUUACUUUGAUAGGGUGGAAGAAAGAAUGUGGCAGGGGGACUCUGGCAGCGAGAGUCUUUCCCAGGAGACUGCAGGGGACCAGACCCAGGACAGGGGGGAGAGAAGAGAUGGGGCUAAAGCGCAACCUCACAGGCCUACAGCCCCCCAUGGGCCCCAGAGACCCAGCUCUGUCCCUCAGGCAAGGCCCAGGCUUCUCCCUCGACCUAGUGUGCCAUCUCUGGGCCACAGGCAUCACAUCAGCCCUAACGCCACCAAUAAUGGUAGUAGGACUAGCCACCCUGAUACGACCCUACCACCACUACUCAACAGAGCCCUUAGCCUAGCUACACCUAGCACCCAGUCAGCCUGGUCCAAAGGUAACGGCCACUACCUCGGAGCACUAGAGGGCGCCACCAGCAAUGGCAAAGGUCCUAGUCUGGGCAAGGAAUUGUUAAGUCUAGUGGUGGAGGGCCACAGGCAGAAAAAGCUGACCCGCCACUCCAGCGUCAAUGAUGCAGACUUGCUACUUGGUUGCCGUGGUGAGCGCAGGGCGCUGUCCCAGCAGAAGGGACAAUGCUCCAAUGGUCUCCUGCCCGCUUCCCUCACCUUGGAUUCCCUGGCAACAUCAGUCGGUGACCUGGAGACCAAGUUAUCCCAGCAGCUCUUGCAGUUUGAGAGGAGCCUGCCGGGGCACGGAGGGGUCGAUUUUGUCGGGGCUGCUGCUGGGGAUGUUGUUGGGGCUGCUGCCGAGGACAAUGGAAGCCGACAAUCCAACAUCUCCCGUCACUUUUCCAUAAUGGACUUCAGUAGCGAGAGCGACAUCAUGCGAGGCUCCUCUCACUCCCAACUGACCCUCCUCCAACCCUCUUCCUCAUCGUCCUCCCUGGAGAGGUGCAAAACCCUUCGCCCCCCUCCCCCUCGUCCAAGAAUCCUCCACCCCCCAGUUCGAGCUCCCUACAAACCGGCACGCCCUGCGCCUCGCCCUCCCUGUCCCCGGCAACCAUCCCCUCCCCUUAACAACCUCCAGCCCUUUGGACCCCUCUUCUACACCUGCGAGGAGGGGGAGGGGUAUGUGAUAGAGACUGAGAGGAGAGAAGAAUCUGAACCUGCCUUCGGUGACCUAGCUCUGGAGCAAGAGAAGGCGAUGGAGCAGCACCUUGAGAUGGACAGGGAUAUCAAGAUUGAGAGGCAAAGAGAGAUGCAGCAAAAGGAGGAGUACAGGCUGCUGCUGCGGCUGCAGGAGGUGGAGAAGGACAUGGAGGCGUACGCCCACACAGCCUCAGAGCUGAGGGCCAUGCUGGAGGAAGAGGAGGAGGAGGACGAGGACGAGACGUCCUGUCUGCAGACCCUGGAGAACCUGGAAUUCUGCACUUACACCCUGUCAACUCUGGCCCUGGAACAGCAGCAUCUACAGCAGCAGCUACAAGAGAUGACCCUCCUGUCGACUCAGCCCAAGUGCCUGGAGUCAGCCCCGGUCUCUGCAGUGGUGGCCAUCGAGGACCCCGAGCAGAGGAUGCUGGAGAAAAGGUCAAAGGUCAUAGAAGAGCUGCUGCAGACAGAGAAGGACUACAUCAAGGACCUGCAGAUGUGCGUCAAGGAGAUUAUCCAACCACUCCAACGCAAACAGGUGCAGAACAUUGACUAUGACGGUCUCUUUGGCAACAUCAACUCUGUGAUCGACCUCUCGCGUCGUCUCUUCAAGACCCUCCAGGACACUGACUCCAUUGGAAAAGUGUUCCUGGACUUUAAGGUAGAGCUCGAGGAGGUGUACAAGAUCUACUGUCAGAACCACGAUGACGCCAUUUCUCUCCUGGAAAUGUACGAGAAGGACGAGAGCAUCCAGAGACACGUGCUGGAGUGCCUGGAGAGACUCAGGGCGGUGUAUCGCGACUGGGGGAAGACCAACUACAUCAACCUGGGCUCAUUCCUGAUCAAGCCGGUGCAGAGGGUGAUGCGGUACCCACUGCUACUAAUGGAGCUGCUGAGUGCCACGCCUGAGUCUCACCACGACAGGCCCCUACUGGCCCAGGCACUGCUGUCCAUUAAAGAGAUCAAUGUCAACAUCAAUGAAUACAAGAGGAGGAAGGACCUGGUGCUCAAGUACAGGAAAGGGGACGAGGACACCCUCAUUGACAAGAUCUCCAAGCUGAGCAUGCACUCCAUCAUUAAGAAGUCCAACCGCGUGAGCAGCCACCUCAAACAUCUCACCGGGAUCUCCCCCCAGAUCAAAGAUGAGGCGUUUGAUGAGGCAGAGAAGAGGUUCCGACUCCAGGAGAGACUCAUCAAGUCCUUCAUCAGGGACAUCUCUCUGUACCUGCAGCAUAUUCGGGAAUCGGCCUCAGUGAAGGUGCUGGCUGCUAUCAGUUUCUGUGACAUCUACACAGACCGGAGCCAGCUGGACCCUGAACAAUUCCAGAGAGCCCACCGUUCCAUUAGCGACAAGCAGUUCCCCCACUUUAAGGAGCGAGCGGAAGCCUUGGUCAUUUUCCCUCUCACCCAGCUUCUGCUCAUGUUUGCCGGGCCCCACAAGCUCAUUCAGAAGCGCUUUGACAAGCUGCUGGACUAUGACAACUGCAAGGAGCGUGCUGAGCGCCUCAAAGACCGCCGGGUCCAGGACGAGCUGCAGGCGGCACGCAACAACUAUGAGGCGCUCAAUGCCCAGCUGUUGGACGAGCUGCCCAAGUUUCAUCGUGCCGCUGAAGACCUGUUUACUGGCUGUGUGAGAGCCUUUGCACAGGCCCAGAGAGAUUUUACCAAGCUAACGCUAGGGCAGCUGCAGCCUUUGCUACAGUUAUCAUGCAUUGGGGGCAAUGAGGGGAACCUGAUAUCAUUGUUCCAAGAGGAGUAUGGUAGAGUCCUCCAGCUUCUACAGCGCUUCAGCUUCUGCCAAGAGAGCCUGCCACCCUCCACCUCCACACGCAAGCCUCUUGACAAGAAGACCCUGGAGAAACAGACCUCCAAGAAGCAGUUGCAGGGACCGCCUAACUACAUCCUGCAGACAGAUGAGCAGAGAGCGGGACUGUUGGCCCGGUAUGGCCCAGAGAAACUCUUCCAGGCGGAGAGGAACUUUAACGCGGCCCAGGAGUUGGACGUGUCCAUAUUAGUGGGAGACAUGGUGGGCGUCAUCAAACAACAGGACCCCAUGGGCAGCAACAACCGCUGGCUCAUCGAUAACGGGGUCUCCAAGGGCUUUGUGUACAGCUCCUUCCUGAAACCCUACAACCAACGCAGGAGCCAAUCGGAUGUCUCCAUUGAGAGCCAGUCCUCCAAUGAGUCAGGCUAUGGUGGCUCAUCCCCUGUGUUCUCCCGCCAGAACAGUAACAGCACGCUGACCUUCAACCAGGAAACAUCAGCUGUCAGCUUCUCCACUGCUCCUCACACAAGCCACUCCUCACCCCGCCCCAACCUUGACCUAAACCAGGACCCCACCCUCUCCCGCAGAACCCACCACAGAGACACUCCCUCGCCAAACCGCAAUCCUGCAGACUCCUCCAGAAAUCCCUCCAAUCACCGGGACCUGUUGGACCCAGCGCUCCGAAACUCCCCCAAUCACAGAGACAUUACAGACCCCACCUACCGACAGUCCUCUAAUCACAGGGACUCGUUCGACUCAAGUAAAACAACAACAACCAAUCACAAGGAGCUGUCUGACUCUUCGGAGACAGAAUCUUGUUCUUCUCACAGAAACAACCGUUUGGGUCUAUCUCAGAGAUCUGGCCCAACUGAGGCGGCCCUCGGCUCGUACCAACGGAAUGGAGACUUUGGUGGUCAGAGGAGGUCCCCAUACUCAAGAGAUGAUUUCACUGACCCAGAGGUGGAGCCCAAACCUGAGCUAGAGUCAGAGCUUGAUGGGCAUCAGAUUUACUAUGCCAUCUACUCAUUCACUGCCCGCUGUGCUAACGAGCUGAGCAUCUCGGCCAAUCAGCGUGUCCGCAUCCUGGAGUUCCAGGACAUGAACGGCAACAGCGAGUGGUGGCUCGGUGAGGCGGGGGGCAGGCGAGGCUACAUCCCCUCCAACUAUAUUCGCAAGUCUGAGUACACCUGAAAAAUUCCCCUGGGGGAAGGUGCCUCCUAACCCCCAAAGUCAGAGCCCCACACUAGAAUGAGCUCACCCCGUGAUAGCAGACUGCUCUCCAGACUCCAAAACACAACAAACAUUACAAACAAACACUUAAACAAACCAUCAACAGGAUAUCUGGUGCCUUAAUAUUGAAGGGGAUCUGUGGUUGAGGUUUUAUUUGGGAGGGGGGGGUGCUCUACCGUGCUGCUGAUCCACUUCUUUGAAAGUUGUUAAAUGACUAUACUGUAUUUAUAGACUUUUUUCAUUUUUGUUACUACUUGGGAGUGUCUCUUCUCUUUUCCCUCAUAUGCUGUGAUACACUUGUGAGUUGCCCAGUCUCAGAACCAAAUACACUGGGUCUAUAGAGUUGGUUAUAUGUUAGAUAACCUCAUUGGGGAAGCUUAUUGGGCUGUGAGUUAGGAAUUUGAAGGGGUUUGGUUCAGACAUCAAAACUCAAAUAUCCUGAGGCCUAAACUCAGAAAACAGACUUCCAGUAUAACAUUUCAAUUGUGUGUAUGUAAUUUAGAGCAUUACCCUACAAAGUGAACAGUGAGACGAGGAUGAUAAUGAUUUUGUGCAGUAUAUAAUCUACUUGUGAGACACUGGUGCUACAUUCCAAUUCUCUACCCUUCUCCCGAAGUGUGCACCCUUUCACUCCCCCUCAUGGAUUUAAAAGGACUGGACUGGUGUAAGGAAUAUGUUGGUGGAAACUCUCCAGCCGUGCUUGCACCAAUGCUUUUAAAUGAAUGGGGGGUGAACGAGUGCACACUUCUGGAGAAGGGUAGAGAAUCGGAACCCAGCCCAGGUUAAAAACCGCCGGUAUUGUGAGUAUGAAGUGGCCUUGAGAAGCAGGUUGGGUUUAGAGCAGUAGAGGCUGCUAAGGGGAGGAUGAAUUAUAAUAAUGUCUGGAACGGAGCAAAUGGAAUGGCAUCAAACACAUGGAAACCAUGUGGUUGAUGUAUUUGAUACCACUCCACCUAUUCCACUUCAGCCAUUACCACGAGCCCGUCCACCCCAAUUAAGGGUGCCACCAGCCUCCUGUGUUUUAGAGCAUUGAACACUAUUGUGGGUUGAUCAAAAGGUAAUAUCUACUGUAAGUGUAGAUUCCAACCGAAAGCCCAUAAAACAUGUAAAUAAUCACAAACAUGCUCUUAUUUCAAUUUCAAAAAUCAAAAGAACAAACGAGGAUUGCAAGCACUCCUUUAAAAUGAUCUGUUUGUAGUUUGAAUCUGAAUGCAAUGGUUCUGUAGCUCCAUUCAACUGGGUUUGACAGAGUGUUUAAAAGCUGAGGGUGAUGAAAGGUUUUCCUAUAGUGAGGGUGGGAGUUUAACCAAUAGAGACAAAGACAAUCUGUCUCUGAUUGGUCUCUAGCUCUCCUCAUACAUAUACGGUACCAGUCAAACGUUUGUUCACACCUACUCAUUCAAGGGUUUUUCUUUAUUUUUCCAUUUUCUUCAUUGUAGAAUAAUAGUGAAGACAUCAAAACUAUGAAAUAACACAUAUGGAAU